AUGAAUGUAUCAACAGCAAAGAAAAGACGGUUGGAGAGGAUAGCAAUUCGUUCACAGAAGAAAAAGAAACCAAGAGAAGAUCAAAAAAACAUUCCUAAUUCUGAAGGCAAGUCAACAUCACCAAUACAGCCAAACAGAGUUUCUCCUAAUAUCUUGAGCGAUAUAACAAAUGAACAUGAAUCUCCAAGAAUGAAACAGAUGCGUAUUAUAAAAGAGACAAAAGCUAAAAGAAAGAAUGGAGAAUCAUCUUCUGCUUCACGUAAUAACUUGGAUGAAAACGUUGAAGAAGCAUAUAUGGCACCUCAUUUUGAAUCCAGAAAUGAUAAUCCCAAAGUAGCUCCAUCUAAAGACCAUGCAUCAUCAUCACGCUCACUUAACUCACUAUAUAACCCAGAAGUAUAUGAUGACAAUGGAGAUGCAACCUACAGUUGUGAGCAUUGUGGAGCUUUAAUGUGGUACAACGGGCGAAUAGACAAAAGAAGCAAAAAAUCUAAUCCAAAGUUUUCACUAUGUUGUAUGCACGGAAAGAUUGAUCUGCCACUAUCACCAGAACCUCCCCAGAAACUUAAAGAUCUCAUGUUCAAAGGUGAUGAAAAAAGCAAAAAUUUCAUGGAGAACAUUAUACCCUAUAAUUCAAUGUUCGCAUUCACAUCCAUGGGUGGACCAAUUGACACAUCAGUGAACAAAGGACGCGGACCAAAUGUUUACCGACUUCAUGGUCAAAAUUGUCAUCGGAUUGGAAGUUUACUUCCUCCUCCAGGAAAAUCUCCUAAAUACAAUCAACUCUAUAUACAAGACACUGAGAACGAGAACCAGAACAGGAUUGACGCAUUCAGUGAAAAGAGAACAUGCAAAUUACCAAAAUCAAAAAUCCUACGAGAUGAUAUUGUGGAAGAUAUCAAAAACAUGCUAAAUAAGUUUAAUCCAUACUCGAAGAUUCUGAGAACAACAAAAGAUCGUGCUCAAAGUGGUAAAACAUACAAUCUUCCUACUACAUUAGAAGUUGCUGCCUUAUAUGUUGGGGAUUUCGAUCUAGAAAUGGAGCCAAAAGACAUUGUUUUGGAAAUAAUGGAAGGGAAAUUAAAAAGAAUCAUUGAACUUCACGCUGGAUAUCUUCCAUUACAAUAUCCACUUUUGUUUCCUUUUGGAGAAGAUGGUUACCAUAUUGAUCUAGAACUCAAGAGGACUACAACAUGA